CCGUGACACAUCACCAAAGUUGCCGUCCCGCCGUCAGGCUGAGAGGAUAUUAUACUCUUUGAGUAAGCUUCGCUUUGGACGGGAAAUAGACCGUUCCCUAAAAGGGACAGUUUUUGCUUGUGCAUACAAGUGUCUUGAGUGAUGCAUUUGGAGCUGUAAGGAAAAAGAAAAUGUCUACUGCUGAGUCAGAACAGGAUAAACAGCCUUUUAGUGCUAUUAAUGAUGCAGUUCCUUCUGGAAAAGAUGAAUCAGGUGAUCCACCCACAGAAGUGACAAAGAGUACAUUUGAAACAGAAACCAAGCCUGUUGACUCAACUGUCACUGAAGCAGAGUCAGCAAAGAAUGGUGAUGAAGAAAAAACAGAAACUGAAGCACAGAACCCUGAAAUUGUUAUUAAUGGUGAUUUUAGUAAAAGCCAUGAAAAUGUCUCAUCUUUAACUAACAAAUCAAAUGAAACUAAUCAAAAAUCUACACAAAUCAAAGAGGUUGUCAAUGGGGUAGAAACUAGUGAUGAAAAUUGCACAACAAAGGAUGUAAAGGAUGAAGGGAAACCUGCGGAGACAACUGAACUUGAUAAAGGCCAAGAAAAAGUUGAGAAUGUUCCAGUGAAAGUGGAAGAUGCUGUUCCUGAGAGUAAAAGAGAAGAAGAAGCUGGAGUUAAAGAAAGUGUGGAACAAAAAGAAAAUCAGCCCUCAGAAGAAAGCACUGUUGCUGUAACAGACCAAGAGGGUGCUGACAGGAAAAGAGCUGUGACCAUUGACAAUCCAAGUGAUAUGAAGGAACUGACUGAAAAGAGUGGGGAGUCCACAAAAGAUGAUACAAAUAAGUUAUCUGCUCAAGAAAGGUCAAGAACUCUGGGAGAUAUUGAGGGAAGUGCUUCAACACCUUUAAAGGAGGAUGUUGCUGCACGAUCACAAACAGUCUGGUACACUGAUAAAGUGGAAACCAAUGGAUCAAACACAGAAUGUGAUUCAGCUGAGGAGGCAGUUAGUUAUUCCACUAGUAUUGUAGGAGGAGUGGUUGUUAAAACCCCAAUCCAGUCAAACUCACCAAAAACCCAACACAAGAAGAGGGAAGGAAGUCCUCAACUCACUUCACCAAAGAAGAGAUCAGUCAUAGAUUCCCUAUUUAGACGACGAAAGAAGUCCAAAGGUGAUCCGGAGAGCCCCCUCGGGACCACACCCAAUGACAAAGACCCUGCAUCUAGUCCUGGUGGUGCUGAUGCAGAUGCUUCAAAGGACGGUAAUGGGUCAUUAGAGACAAAGGAAGAGACAGGAGGUGCUCAAAACGUUGAUAUCAACCAGGGGGCAGAAGGAGAUGUCAAAUCUGCCGUGGUGGAAGAGGAUGAAGAUAGCCAUGCUACACCACAUCACUCUGAACCAGCGGAAGCAACUACUGUGGUAGAGAAGGAACAAAGUAAUGAUGGUGUCAAUGAAAAAGAAGUUGAAACCACCAAGGAAUCGGAGGUAGAGGAAAAUCAGGUGGAGUCGCAGGAUGCGCAAGAAGUGUCAACACCUGUGGAAGGUGCGGAGGACAAUGAUGAGACAAACCCUGAAGCCCCCGAGGAUAAAGAGCCAGAGGAGUCAGAGGAAAUAAAGGACGCUGUCAAGAGAGCUCACACUGACAAUCCUGGGGAAGAGGAAACAAGUCCGCCACCUGCAGCAAAGAAAAAGAAAACCAUUUUUGGUGGUAUCUUUACGAGGCGCAAGAGUAAGAAAUUAAAAGGUGAAGACACUAGUUCUCCUGAUGAGGCACAAGAGGAGAAAGAUGAUAAACCAGAGGAGGAGCCUCAAACUGUGGAUGAUAAUACACCGCCAGCUGAAGGAGAAGGAGUAGAGACGCCAGAUGAUGGAAAAGACCAGUCUCCUCCAACUGAAACGGACGAGGGCACUGCUACCGCACAGCAAGAGGUAACAGUGGAUGUGAUUACUCCAGCAGUAGAUCAAGCUUCAGAAAGUGCUCAAGCGGAGGCAGUAACUGAGGACAAAGAUGAUGAAAAGACUGAGGGGAAAGAGGAGGAUGCUGCUGAGGCGGAGGAGCCAAGUACCAAAGAAGAUAAUGCACCUGAAAGUAACAAGAAAUCUUCAGAGGAAUCUUUGCAGUCUGAGGGUGCUGAGACCAAGGUCAAAAUAGAGGAGAGAGUGGAGAAACAUGUGACUACUCAAGAAAGCCAACCUAAAAAAAAGACUUCCCUUUUUGGUGGGUUUUUGACUCGGCGGAAGAGCAAGAAAACGAAAGGUGUCGAUGACGACCCUGCCGUCGAAACAUCACAACAAGAGGAUGAUAAGGUACAAGAGGAUCAAGGGGAAACCACGUCGACCCAACCUGCUGAUGAUGCCAAACCAGAUAGUGCUGAAGUCAAAGAGACGUCAGAGAAUGAGCAAGGACAAAUUCCGACACCAGACUCAAGUGAUACCACUCCUACUGCAGAGAAAGAAGUUUUAGAACCUGUGAUAAGUCCCGCAGCAGAUGAACCGGUGGAAAGUACAAACGAAGAAGGUGCUGAGGCUAAUAAAGAUGAUGGUAAUGUUGACGCACAGGAGACAAAAGGUGUUGAGAUGCAAACUGGAACAUCAGCAGAUGACGAGAAAUCUCCAGAAGAUGUAGUACAACCUAAAGAGGCCGAAGCUGUUGAUGGGAAGAAGGAAACGGAGGAAAAGGCUGUCACGAUUCAAGAAAAUCAACCAGAGAAGAAGAAAUCGAUUCUUGGUGGCCUUUUUUCCCGGCGUAAGAGCAAGAAAUUAAAAGAUGAUAGUUCGAGCCCAUCUGACGAAAAAAUGCACGAGAGCGACAGCGACAAAGUAGAAGAACACAAAGAUGACGGUGCGUCAACACUACCUGCAGUUGACACUCCACCCCACGCAGAGGAAGAAGGGAAGACAGUGGAGAGCGAGACAGAGCAAAAUGCGGCGCCCGAAGCAAGUGACGUUAUUGUUGCUACCCAGAAUGAAGUAGUGGAAGAUGUGAUCAGUCCUACAGCAGAUCAAGCUAUAGAAAGUGCCCCGGAAGAGGCUACAGAGAAGGAGAAAGUUCAUGAAGAGAGUGGAAGGCAGGAAUCAGUGGCGGCAGAAGAGAGUGAGACAAGUAAUAAAGAAGUGGAAGUUGUAGUGGCUGCGGAGGUUCAGAAAUCUGCAGAAAGUGAGAGUGGAGUAGAAAAUGAUAAAGCUGCUGUAGACGCUUCAACCGAGCCCACAGUAGAAAAGCUGACUUCGCCCGAAGGGGAAGAAGCCCAGGACAACGCAGAUGCAGCAUCAAAGGAGCGAGAGGCACUCAUGAAAGGUUCAUAUAGCCCUAAGACCCGCCGCAUGCAGAUGAGGAUAAGUUAUGCUGAGACAGUUGGAGAAAGUGGUCGAGAGGUCGAGCUAAUUGGUACACCAGAACGAGAUGCUGAAUCUCCUAUUCAGAAUAAUAAAACACCUCCAGACCAGCGGGUAUCGUGCCGGGCUCUUGGAGAAGUUGAUCACGAAGGAUGGUUGGCAAAGAAAGGAGGUCCUCUCUUCUUCUCGAGCUGGAAGCGUAAAUGGGUGGUGUUGAAGGACGGGAAAAUGUAUUACUUCAAAACUUCUUUCGACCCUGAGGCUAGUGGAAUUAUAAACAUGCAGGGAACAACUGUGGCUCCAGCCCCUGAAACUAAAAAGAACUUUUGUUUCAAAUGUGAGCAGCCGGCUCCCAAACCUCACGUGUUCCUGUUUAUGGCAGAGAGUAAAGAAGACAUGGAAAGAUGGCUGUCUGUGUUGACGGCUGCUUCAAAAGGAGAAGCCAUACCAAAAACUAAGCAGCAUCUGGCGGUCAAGGAGGAAGCAGUCAUGCGCAAGAAGUCAGGAUCAAUCAGUUCAGCGCAGAGAACGAGUUCUGUACUUGCUUAUGGAGGGCGUCAUAGCCUGAUAGUAGACGAAGAAGACUCAAACGCUCUCAGGGGGAGGUCUAAUCCAGGCUCUUUCUCAAAAGUACCGCAAGUGACAGAGACAGAGGAGAAAAAGGACACAAACUCUGAACCUGUUGAAACAGAGCCGAUACAGAAUGGCACGGAGCCAGUUACUGAACUCUCAGAGGACAAGCAAAAAGACACGAGCGAAAGUGGAGAAAGUCAAUCAACUGAAAAACCAGAAGCUUCCGCGGACGAAGUAGUGGUAAGUGGCGAGCAGGUAGUCUUAGAGUCUGCACCACCUGUUGAAGUGUCUCCUGAAAAAGACACACCGCCCGCGGUGGGAUUGGGCGAUGCUGCCUCGACUGAAGCUUCGCCUGAAGAGGAGAAGCGAGACGAAGAAGCCGUCGACGCAGCGGAGAAGAAAGAACCUGAGGGUACUCAACCCGAACAAGAAUCAGUGGGAUCAGCAGUUGACACAACGGACGGGGACAGUAGCGUUAUUACGACAGAGAGCUCCGUUACUGUAAUAGAGACAGUAAAAACAACCUCAGUAGUCUCCGAGAAAGUUGAAACUGUAGUGUCAGUGAUUAAAACAGAGGGAGCAGAAGUUACUCAUUCUGAGCAUCAAACGGAAACAGUAGAGGUGAAGCAGGAGAUCAUGGAAGAUGUCUUUGAAACUAGCCCGACGGAACCUGACGCCAGCGAACCAGUGUCCCCAUCAAGCACCAAAUGGUACUUCACUUUGAACAGGCAGGAAACAUGGUCUGUAGCAACCGAGACUGAAGAAAAGAAACCUCCGGUACGCAUCAAGUCUUCCAGCUCGGCUAGCGACAAAGGAUCGAUUAGGAGCGACAGAGCAUCGAUCAAGAGCGACCAAGGGUCAGUCAAGUCUUCUUCGGAAGAUGAUCAGCUUUUGGCCAUGUGUCGAAAUAUUAAAAAAGCGCGACUGUCGAUAGUAGGUGACCCGAUGAGGGAGGGUCCGGACAGACUUCGGGCGUGGUCAACUGUGAAGGAUAAUUCAGAGGAACAGCAAUUUGUCAGACUCAAGACUUUGGAAAGAACUCUCAAGGACAAAGAAAAGCAUCUCUCAGAGCUUGAAGAGUUAUUGACCCAACCGGAAAUAAACCGAGACUCCAUAUACGCAUGGAAGCUACGCUAUUCAGAUUUGGUAGAAGAGCUGUUCCCUAUGGAGAAUGAAGAAGAUGGAGGGGAGAAAGCCAAAGAUACUGAGAGUGGAGCGGAGGGUGAAACGGAAGAGCCAAAGAAGGAAGAUGAUGAAGUAAAACCUAAAGAUGUGGAAGAAAUAGAGAAGGUGGUUAAGGAAGGAGAAGGAAAGAAAUCAGAAGAAGAAGCCGUCACUUGCUCGGAGAAAAACCAAGAAAAUUUGGAUUCGAAAAAAGAGUCUUGUGAGGGAGAACAAGAGCAACAGUCGAGCGAUGGACGGAAGGACACAGAAGACAAUGAAAAUGACAAUGAGAGAGCUAGCGUCCAUCAAACUGAAGUUAAAGGUGCACUGCUGUCAGACUCGGAACAAAAAUUGAAUGAAGCAGGAACUGAACAGGAAAAGCUGCACCAAGAGAAAGAGAUUUCAACCGAAGGGAAGCCCUCUGACGGUAAAGAAGAAGCCGGAGAAAAAAAGAGUAACAGAGCAACGGAUGAUACUCAUCUUUGAUUUGAGAGAAGAGGCAACACCACAGGACAAUGUCAGUGUAGGUGGUGCGAAAAGGUAACCGUGUCAAACAAUGGAGAGGAGUCAACGAACUUCUCACAUUUAGGCAAUUAAUAAUCCCAGCGUCCUAUUUAUGUUAGAUGGGAAAAAUCGAGAGAAUUACAAGAGGGCUCUUAAUAAUGAGAAUUAAGGAACAUUAUUCAGA